GCCAAGGGGACAAUCUCUUAGCGCCGGGGCCCCCUGCCUGGCCUGCGGGCCGGGGAGGCGCUGAGCGUGCCCAUCUCCCCCCCGGAUUCCUGGCACGCGGUCAUGGGCGCGGAAGCAGCCCCCAGCUGUCGGCCGGGUGCAGGGCGCUCCCUCGUCCCCGAGGGGCAGCAUCCAGUGGCAGCCAGCGCUCGCCCGCCCGCCCCGCUCCGCCCUUCCGGGCCCCCGCGCCCUCUGGGCAUCGCCUUCCAGUCCCCAGGCCUGGAGAGCAGAGGGGCGUGCGCGGGUUGGCUGGCGUCCAGGACGCCGAUGCGGUGGUGGCGCCGCGCCCUACACAGUGCACACAGCAGCGCAGCGAGCCGAGUGCAGGCAGCCCCGGCUCAGAUUUCUGAAGCCAGUUGGAGUGAAAGAAACCCAUCCCAUCUCACCUCCGGGAAGGAACCUUUUCUGACCAUGUCUUCCAUAGCCAUUGCUGAACCAGAUGGGGAUGAGCAGGACAGGGGUGCCAGCAAGCUCAUUUUCUUCCUCUUUGUCUUUGGCGCUGUCCUGUUGUGUGUGGGACUCCUGCUCUCCAUCUUUGGGUACCAGGCAUGCCAAUAUGAACCUCUCCCAGACUGCAACAUGGUGCUGAAGAUUGCUGGGCCCUCAUGUGCAGUGAUAGGGCUCGGUGCUGUGAUCCUGGCCCGCUCCCGGGCAAGACUUCAGCUCCUGGUGAGAAGGCGGCAAGGCAACCAGGUCGACUCUGACCAAGCUUUCCUCUGUGGAGAGAGCCGCCAGUUUGCCCAGUGCCUGAUCUUUGGGUUUCUGUUUUUGACAAGUGGCCUGCUCGUUAGCAUCCUGGGCAUUUGGGUCCCUGGAUGUAGCUCAGACUGGGCACAGGACCUGCUGAAUGAGACGGACACUAUCAGUGCAGAGCCCCAGAUCUGUGGGUUCCUUUCCCUGCAGAUCAUGGGGCCUUUGAUUGUGCUCAUGGGAUUGUGUUUCUUUGUGGUUGCCCAUGUUAAGAAGAAAAACAACUUGAGUGUGAGCCAGGAUGCCUCUGAAAGUGAAGAGGGACAUGGCCCCAGCACAGAGCCUGUCCAGGUCACUGUAGGUGACUCGGUGAUAAUAUUCCCGCCCCCUCCACCACCAUACUUUCCUGAGUCUUCCACAUCUGCAGGAAGUCAAAGUCCUGGGGCCAACAGCUUGCUGCCCACUGACAGCCCUCCUCCCUAUUUCAGCCUUUUCAGCCAUGGGACCUCAGCCCUUGAGAACCAGGACACAGCCCAUGAGCAAGAGCAUGAAUUUGUAUACACCAUUUCUGGGCCUCACUCGCCUCCUGAGAUCACACAUGCUCCGAGAGUUUUAUUGGAAUUGCCCCCGAGAUAUGAGGAGAAAGAAACUCCCACAGCCACAUCUUUGUCUCUACCUUCUGAGCUUUCUGCACCAUGAACUUUGGACUCCAGGGCAGUUUUAUAUAUCAUGGGACACUUUUAUUUAACUUGUUUUUUAAUAAAAAAAAAUGUGAUAGCUUUGGCUGUGUUCCCAUUUUCUGGUACAAUGUCCACAGAAGUGACCAACCUUCCAGGUUAGAUUCCAGAUUAUGGGAAAAGCAUUGUCCCUGCUGGCCAGACAUGGCACACUGUCUUCUCAGUCUUGGGAGUAGGUAGGGUUAUUUUUAUGGGUGGAUAAAGAAACAGGUUCAGAGAGGCUAAUUGACUUCUUCAGGGUCACACAGCUUCUACAUGAUGAGGUUGGGUUUUGAACCAAUCCGUUUUCUGAAAUUCAGCCUCCUGUCACUACUUUGUGCUGUCACAGGCCAACAGAAGUUAAUGUCUAGCUUGCUACAUUCUGUCUCCAGUGUUACUUGCUUUUGGAGCAGAGAAACAAGAUUAUAGACAUUCCUUAUUUAACAAGCAAGUUCUGUUUGUGUGACUAGGUCAGUAAAUGAAUUGGUUGCUAAGUGAGGAAUUGUAUAUAGUAUGUACAAUAUGCAGAACAAAGAAAUGGUCAAAGGAAACUCCAACUUGAUGACUUUGCUUCUAUUUGCAUAACUCUUACAUGCAGUACUGUAAUGUAUAACAAAAGGAA